AUGAGUUUUAUUAAUAUUCCAGUGAAAAAAAGCUAUUUUUUACUAUCUUAUAACAGAUUUACAUCCUCAGUUGGAUUCUUUGACCGCUUUUCCCAUAACUGGUGGGAUAUUGACGGUGAUAUGUCAGUUUUGCAUGACUAUAACCAGGUUAGAAUCCCAUUCAUAGCAAACUCGUACAUAAACCGUAAAAAGGAUAAAGUUGAGACUGGUUCAUACAACUCCGAUAACACUUCAAACCCGUUUUUAUUUACUCAAUUCGGUAUUUUUAAGGAGCCUUAUAAAAGGUCAACCGUUCACAUAGAAUCAGUGCUUAAAGGACUUAAAAUUUUGGAUGUCGGUUGCGGAGGAGGAAUUCUGACUGAAUCUUUGGCUAAAUUUGGCUCCAAAGUGCUUGGAAUUGACCCUAACGAACAGCUGAUAGAAGUUGCAAAAUCCCACAAAAAAACACAUUUUGAUGAUUACCACCUCAGACUAGGACUUAGAAACGAUUAUUGUAACAAUCUUGACUAUAAAUCCAUUUCAGUUUAUGACUUUUUAACUGACAAAACUAGGGCCAGUUUUGACAUCGUCGUGGCUUCAGAGGUCAUAGAACACGUUGAAAACCGAGAAAAGGAACGAUUUUUGGAGGCUUUAACUUCGCUUGUUAAGCCUGGAGGCCUGUUUGUAAUUACAACUCCAGGCUCUAGUCUUCUUUCAUAUUUUGUAAAUGUAUUUUUGGCUGAGAAUUUAUUGUCGAAAGUACCUAAACACACCCACGAUUUUGAUUUGUUUAUCUCACCGAGAAACUGCUCUAGAAUACUAAAGAAACUUAAUUUCGACCCUGUUUCAAUCCAAGGUCUUUUAUAUUUACCCUUUCUACGUCGUUUUUUCCACAUCAACUCGCCGGAUUUGCUCUACAUGUACUCCUUCACCACAUCUGAUACAGGAUAA